CUCUGCAUGGACAUGACAUUUAACACGAGACACCCGGGACCCUCCCAGUGUGUCAUGUAAUCACGCAGCGUUUACCGUGCACCGCUCUGCUGCUUAAAUACCGGGAACCUCCCUCACACACACCAGUGCCAUAGAAAAGCUGCAUCCAGCCAGGGAAGAGGCCAGCCAAAGACAUUCCAACUCGCAUUUCAGUGUUGUUUCCACGUCACUUUCACGAAACCUUACAAGAUGACCACUAAGGAGAAGCUGAUCACCCAUGUGUUGGCUGGUGAGCCCGUUGGCUCCCGAAGCAAGGUGACAGUGGUUGGCGUCGGCAUGGUUGGCAUGGCCUCCGCAGUCAGCGUCCUGCUCAAGGACCUGUGCGAUGAGCUGUGCCUGAUUGAUGUGAUGGAGGAAAAGCUGAAGGGUGAGGUCAUGGACCUGCAGCAUGGCAGCCUCUUCUGCAAGACCCACAAGAUCGUGGGCGAUAAGGACUACAGUACAACCGCCCAUUCCAAGGUGGUGGUGGUCACCGCCGGUGCUCGUCAGCAGGAGGGCGAGAGUCGUCUGAACCUGGUGCAGCGUAACGUCAACAUCUUCAAGUUCAUCAUCCCCCAGAUCGUCAAGUACAGCCCCAACGCUAUCCUGCUGGUCGUCUCCAACCCCGUUGACAUCCUGACCUACGUGGCCUGGAAGCUGAGCGGUUUCCCCCGUCACCGCGUCAUCGGUUCCGGCACCAACCUGGACUCCGGUCGUUUCCGCCACCUUAUGGGCGAGAAGCUGCACCUUCACCCCUCCAGUUGCCACGGCUGGAUCAUUGGAGAGCACGGAGACUCCAGUGUGCCCGUAUGGAGUGGCGUGAAUGUUGCUGGUGUUUCCCUGAAAGGCCUAAACCCACACAUGGGCACAGACGCAGACAAGGAGGACUGGAAGCAUCUCCACAAGAUGGUGGUCGAUGGUGCCUAUGAGGUCAUCAAGCUGAAGGGUUACACCUCCUGGGCUAUCGGCAUGUCUGUCGCUGACCUGGUUGAGAGCAUCCUGAAGAACCUUCACAAAGUUCACCCUGUGUCCACCCUGGUCCAGGGGAUGCACGGUGUGAAAGAUGAGGUGUUCCUCAGUGUGCCAUGCGUGCUGGGCAACAGUGGUCUGACCGACGUCAUCCACAUGACCCUGAAGCCCGAGGAAGAGAAGCAACUAAUCAACAGCGCCGAGACCCUGUGGGGCGUACAGAAAGAGCUCACAUUGUAAAGCGGAGGGUUAAUUUUAUCAGCAAUGAGACAAUACUCAAUCACCUAUUUUUCCCAGACUAAAACCAAUGAUAAUGAGAUGUCCUGAAACUAUGACAAAUGCAAAUUACUUUUCAUUUUAGUCUACGAAAAUGUGACAAGACUUCCACGUGAGGCUAUAAUGGACAUUCAUGGUCGACUGAUAAGUUACUUAUCAGGACGAAAUUACAACAAAAAAAACUUUGUAAAGAGCCCCCUGUGCCAUCUGGAUAUACUUACGAUACGAUUUACUCCAACCAAAUAAAACUACCAGGAUAAUGAAACAACCAA